AGUAGUAUAUGUGCAGGAGGUGGAGCCUGAGCAGCACCUGCCUCAUUUUGAGCAAAUCAGACAGUUAAGUUGUCUCAUCUCAUCAAACAUUGUGCACAAUACGAACGUCUCUAAUCCUUGCUGGUUCACUGAGAAGAAAUGAUUCUGACCAAGUGUAAGGCUUUUUUAUUAUUGCUUUUAGCUCUUGGGGUAUUUUUGCUUGUGUGUUUUAUCAUCUUUAAGCACAAAAAGUGUCCAGGCACUUUCUCAAGAGCUGCUGUGGCUGCAGACUCAAAGAAAUGCUCAGAGAUUGGAAGGGACAUUCUCAAACAAGGAGGCUCCGCAGUAGAUGCAGCCAUUGCUGCUCUUCUCUGCACCUCCAUCAUCAACCCACAGAGUGCGGGGAUAGGAGGGGGCUCCAUCUUCACAGUGAUGGACAGCUCUGGUGUGGUAAAAAUAAUCAACUCCAGAGAGACUGUGCCCUUGAAUGUGCCCCCAAACCUGCUGAACAUGUGUGGAAGUGAGCCUCUAGGCUCAGAAUGGAUCGGUGUUCCAGGAGAAAUUCGGGGCUAUGAAAUGGCACACAAGCUUUAUGGAAAUUUGCCAUGGGCCAACCUCUUCCAGCCAGCUAUCCAGCUGGCCAGAGAGGGGUUUAACAUUCCAGAAGUUUUAGGCAGCAACAUGCAGUCCAUCGUGGGCACAAACAAGACUCAGGCUCUCAGAAAGUUAUUUUCAAAUAAGAAUGGAGACUUGCUGCAGAUUGGGGACAAGGUUGCUUUUCCCAAGCUGGCCGACACUUUGGAAAUUAUUGCAAAUAACGGAGCCGACAGUUUUUACUCAGGAAAAAUAGCAAAGGAUUUAAUCUGUGAUGUGCAGGAGGCAGGAGGAAAACUCACUCUGAAGGACCUGGCAUCGUACAACGUUACAGUGACUGAUGCACUGGCUGUCUCUCUAGGGGAGUAUCAGAUGUACAUACCUCCACCUCCUGCAGGAGGAGUCUUCCUGGCCCUCAUCCUCAACAUCAUGAAAGGAUAUUAUUAUGAGCAACCAGCACCUCUGUCCGCUGGUGAAAAGGUUUUGUUUUAUCAUCGCUACAUUGAAGCUUUAAAAUUUACCAACGCACUGAAGUCAGACCUCUAUUAUUCAAGCCUUUCUUCAGAACAAGUGGCAAAGGAAUGUACUACAGACAGCUUUGCCAGUUCCAUACAGCAUAAGAUCAACAACAACAUACAAGCACUCCAGUACAGCUCUAAUCUGGACAGCCUGGGUACUACUCACUUGUCUGUGCUGGCAGAAGAUGGAUCUGCUGUUUCAGUCACCAGCACCAUCAACAAAAUAUUUGGCUCCAAGAUUUACUCCCCAAGCACUGGAAUCAUCCUCAACAACCAACUUUCUGACUUUUGUCAGAAAGACAAGACUAUGUUAAAAAACAUCUCUACUGGAGAGCGCCCCCCCUCCUCCACAGCCCCCAUUGUUCUAAAGGCUCAGUCAAAUAUUCUUGUGAUUGGAGGGUCUGGUGGAAGUAUGAUCACAACUGGAAUUGCCUCGGCCCUCAUCAAUCACCUUUGGUUUGGAAAAAGCCUUAAAGAAGCAAUCGAUAUUCCUGUAGUUUAUGUUUCCUCAAGUGAAACAAUGAUAGAACCAAUCUUCGAUAAGGAUGUAAUCACAAUUUUGAAAUCUAAAGGCCAUAAAAUAGGUAAAUUCUACAACGUGGUUAAUGCUGUGGAGAAGAUGGGUGGCUGCAUCUGUGCAGUGUCUGAUGCCAGGAAACACGGGGAAGCGGCUGGUUUUUGAGAACAAGUCAGUCAAAAACAGCACAAAGAAGGAAACUGUCCUGCUGGAAAAUCAAAACACUUCAAAUUAGUUCCAGCAUGCAGUAUUUUACUGGAAACAACAAUACACCAUACACUUGUUAUUAAUCUUUUAGCCUUAGGUUCUGUUAGUUUAGUUUUCCCCUACGCUCACCAGUCAUUGCCUUUGCACACCUGUCCUGUAUCAGAUUAGCUGGUUUACUUUGUCUCUCUUUAAUCUCCAUUCCACAGUUUAAAAAUGUCCUGGUUCAUUCACUUGCUGUCAGAUUGUCUUGUUUCAUUUCUGCUGUCAUGCCUGUAUUCAUGUUAAUGUAAGUUUUAUUCUUUUAUGGUGUCUAUAAAGUUUUAAAUCUCUUUCAAAACUAGAAAUUACAUGACUUUAUAAGAUGAAGUCUUGACUUAAGCAGGGAAAUAAGGCCCUCUAGUGAUCAAGUUGAGCAAACAAUAAGUGAUUGUCUGGCUUGUAGGGACUUCCAGCUUUCAAAAUGAACCAAAUGACAAAAUAAAUAAUUGAGAUCUAUUUUAAUAGAUCAACGGUUUUUUUAAUAAUCCAUGUUGUGCCUACGUACCCUUGUUCUUGGAGACCCCUGUUUGGAUCCGAGAUGUCAGGGAGUCUGGUGACCCCAGUUUCUCGAGGUUUGUAGGAUAAUAGCAAGGCAACCAAAUCAGUCCUGAGAUGUCUCACAGUCACAACCGAUAGAUGGAUUUGUUUGCAUCUAGAAUAGCUGUUUCUGAAUAGCUGAAGGAGCCGUUAGCUGACUUUGCUGUAGCUUGCAGGCAGGCUUUCCCAGCGUGCCAAAGGAUGCGGUGGUUCAAUGAAUUUAUUCCGGGUGGUCGUCUCGGGGUUCUACUCAAAAACUGAAUCACUCAGGAAGUGAUUUCUGUUUUAAUAAUUGCCAUAUUAUGAUUACAUGGCCAUUCAGGACUUGCCAUGUCAAGAGGUGUUAACAAACAACCCUCAGAACAUCACGCCUUCUUUCAGAUAGAAAGUGCUCUGAUUUAUGGAUAAGAAAAUCUCAUGUGCAUGAAAUUACUUUAACCUUGUGUCAUAUGGAGAUAUGCAUGUGUGUAUGAGAGAAUGGCUGAUUAGCUUGUCACGUAGACUGAUUAUAAGACAAAUGGAUCAUUGCAGGACAAUAUUCACUUCAACCUUAUUAACUUAGGCACAAAUUACUCAAAACAUUUCAUUUAAUACCUUGUCUAUUCAUUGUAUGAUUAAUUAACUCAUACGAGCUGAAAAUGUCCACUUUUAUCCAGAGGCAGGAGAAAUCCUGUAGAAGCGAUAAGAGGAAAGCUUAAGGCCUUGAAACGGGAACAGUUUGUUGACCAUAUAUUAUCCUGUGUGCAAAGCUGCAGAGGCCUGGACUUCAGCUAGUAGAAUAGCAGAAUCCAGCAGAUAGUUUGACCUGUUCUUGCCAGUGAUGUAGGUCAAAUAUAUAGAUGAAAAACUAACCAUUUCUGGACGCUAAACUUAGCAACGCAGCUUCGGGUCUUUGCAAUUAAAAUCUUUGACCUCAGUCAAACCCCUCCUCCCACAAAUUCUUAGGGGUAUGCUCUUCUUCCUCCUGUCUUGGAGUGGGGAUCUUGUCAAUGGUAACCUUUCUCAAUCAGAACAUCCCUCUUCACCACCUGGAGUGAGAUCAAGUCAUGGUCAAUCGCACUGGUACGCAGUCCAUUUAAUUUCAAUUGGUCUCAUGUUUAAGGUGAACCUUUCCAUCAGUAAGUGACAAGGCCAAAUUAUCUUGAAUCUAGUCAUGUGCCAUGAUGGGGUUUAUGUUUUAGUAUUUCACAAAGACAAACAUCACUGCCACCAAGCCUCUGGUCAGCACAUUGGGCGAGGUGAGUUUGGGGUCCUUGCAGUUCUUGAGCAGCAUCUGGCCUCUGGUGGUCUUUUUAGUCUCCAAGGGCGAGGUCCAUGGUUUUUGUUUGUUUUUCUUUCUAGCUGAAAUGGCGAUUGUGUAUUUCCUUUAUGUCCUUCACCAUAAGCGAGGGCCCAACUUAUUUUUUGACUCAACUGUUGGGAGAGAGACACAACAAUUUGCCUGAAGAUGGAUGUUUAAGGUGUCCCCGCCCAGAGUGCAUGACCUCACUCAAGAUACAGAUGAAGAGAUUUACAGCUUUCAUAUUACAUAAGGGGAAGUGGGAUCAGCCUUAGUUUUUCAUCCUUUGUCAAAAUUCCUAAUAAAAAAUAUUGGAUCUUGUGAAAUGUUAUAAAAACUGCCGUGUCUCUGUCUCCAUUAGUGACAUCAUUGAGCAAUGGUUUUGAGUAUUAAAAUCAAUUAACCUAGGAUCUAUUGAAAGAAACCACUUCAUUUUUAAUAAAAAUCCUACUAAAAAUUAUCAGAUCUUGUGAAAUGUGAUAAAAACUGCUGUGUCUCAUUGGUAUAGCUAAGUAACGUCAUUGAGAAAUGAUUUUGGGUAUUUUGACUAAUUUACCUAGGAGGUUUUGAAAACCUCUUAGGAUGAAAUAUAUAAAUGGAAACCAUGUUCCCUCGCCCGGACUUUGGUCACCGGGGCCCCCCUCUGGAGCCAGGCCUGGAGGUGGGGCACGUUGGCGAGCGCCUGGUGGCCGGGCUUUCAGCCAUGGAGCCCGGCCGGGCACAGCCCGAAGAGGAAACGUGAGUCCCCCUUCCCAUGGGCUCACCACUCGUGGGAGGGGCCAAAGGGGUUGGGUGCAGUGUGUGACGGGUGGUAGUCAAGGGCGGGGACCUUGGCGGUCUGAUCCUCGGCUACAGAAGCUGGCUCUUGGCACAUAAAAUGUCACCUCUCUGGUGGGGAAGGAGCUUGAGUUGUUGUGUGAGGUUGAGAGGUUCCGACUAGAUAUAGUCGGACUCACCUCAACGCAUGGCUCUGGCUCUGGAACCAGUUUCUUUGAGAGGGGUUGGACUUUCUACCCCCCUGGAGUUGCUCCCAGUGAGAGGCGCCGAGCAGGGGUGGGCAUACUAGUUGCCCCCCAUCUUGGUGCCUGUACGUUGGGGUUUACCCCAGUGAAUGAGAGGGUAGCCUCCCUCCGCCUAUGUGUGGGGGGACGGGUUCUGACUGUGGUCUGUGCUUAUGCACGAAACUACAGUUCAGACUACCCACCCUUUUUGGAGACCUUGGAGGGGGUGCUGGAAAGCGCUCCUUCCGGUUACUCCCUCGUUCUGCUGGGGGACUUAAACGCUCAUGUGGGCAAAGACAGUGAGACCUAGAGAGGUGU